CAAGACGGGCGUCCGGAACAGCCAAUAAGAGGCGGAGGCCUAUUUCCUAUGCGUGCGUGUGUGGGGUUGUGGAUUUUUUUUUUUUAAACACCCUCCCUCCUCCCCGCCCUCCGUCACCGCUUCGGAGCCAAUAGGGAGGCCGGGCGGCUUGGGGCGGAGGCUUUCCCCCCGCCCCUCCCGCGCGCUGCGAGGCGCCAGGGGCUGAAAACUAAACCGAGAUGGAAUCUCCCAGUCUGAACCGGUUUGAGCCGGUUCCGAGUCUGUGGCACUAGAGGAGGCGGCGGUGGUGGAGGAGAAGGAGAAGGAGGGGGGAGAAAAAAAGGAGCGGAAGGAGAAGCACCAGCCGCGAAAGAGAGCGGGCGAGAGAGGGAUAGUGGAGGAAAAGAGGGGACGCGAGGAGAAGAAGAAGGCGCCCGGGGUCCGAGCGCGGGCAGCUGCGGGCGGGCGCGUGUGUGUCUCUGUGCGCGCCUGUGUGAGGAGGGGAAGCCGAGCGGGGCUCCUCAAGCGCAGGAGUGGAGUGAGGGCCAGGGGGGCGGGCAUGGAGGCGAACUGAGCGGGGCGCAGAGGGGAGGCGGCCCAGCCCCUGGCUGUGUGACUGGAGGGGGCCCGAGUCCCUCCGGGGCGGCGGCGGCAGCAGCAGCACCACCCACCCACCCCCUCGUCAAGGUCGGGCCCUCUGUUCUGGGGCGGGUCUGUCCGACUUAAUAGCAGCUCCCCCCACACUAGCCCAGCCCAGCCACCGCACUGCUCCCGGUUUGGGGUGUGCGUGUGGACGGUCGCGCGCGUGUGCGCCUAGGCCCCUCAGCCCAGACAGGUAGCGGGGCUCUCGCCUCCCUCAGCCCCGGCGGGAGGAGAGGCCGCGUGGAGACUCCUUAGGGUCGCUUCUUAAUAGCUCCCUAGAGAGAGAUUGAGAGCCUCGUGAGAGGUGUGGGUGGGGGUCUCCCGAGCGCCCCUGGGCACCUGAGCCUGAAGGAGAGGAAAGGGCGGGAGAGAGGGGAAGGGGAGGGGGCCUUGGUGGGAGGAGGACCAGGACCCCUUGCCAGAGCUGCCUGGGGUCGCUCGCGACUCUCGUUUUCUGGAGGGAGGAUUUAGGGUGCGUGCAUGUGUGUUUGAAUGGGCGGCAGAGCCCUGCGCCUCUAUGUGGGUGUGUGAGCAACUUCGCAGAGUUCAAGAGGCGGAAAGUGACUUCUAGCGUGUUCUCCCUCUUCCUUUCUUUUUGGAGCUCAACCCAUUCCACCCAGAACCCCCCGUUCCUCCCCCCCCCUUUCUGCAAUCCUGCUUUUAGUAGUAAGUGAGGUCUGUGUUUGUGGGGGGGAAGGGGCGGGUGGGGUUUGAUGCAACAGACUCCUGGGUCGCGUGUGCAAAUAGAAAGGAAAAGAUACCUCUCUCUUUUGUUUGUGGGUUUGGGGGGAGUUGAGAAGGAAGGCUGGACAGGUCUCUGCACCCCACUGCUCCUCCUCGUGCUUCUUGGCUUUGCUUGGAUAUCUUUUUUUUUUUUUUUGUAUUGUUGCUCUCCGCUCCCUCUCUAGAAGAAGUAGCUGUGAUACUUAAUUAGUAAUCUAUGCCAGCAAUUAUGACAAUGUUAGCAGACCAUGCAGCACGACAGCUGCUGGAUUUCAACCAGAAAUUGGAUAUAAAUCUGUUGGAUAACGUAGUGAACUGCCUGUAUCAUGGAGAAGGAGCCCAGCAAAGGAUGGCACAGGAGGUCUUGACUCACUUAAAGGAACACCCUGAUGCAUGGACAAGAGUUGAUACUAUUUUGGAAUUCUCUCAGAAUAUGAACACCAAAUAUUAUGGUCUGCAGAUCUUGGAAAACGUGAUAAAAACAAGAUGGAAGAUUCUUCCGAGAAACCAAUGUGAAGGUAUCAAAAAGUAUGUUGUUGGCUUAAUUAUCAAGACUUCGUCUGAUCCAUCAUGUGUUGAAAAAGAGAAAGUAUACAUUGGGAAGCUAAAUAUGAUUCUUGUUCAGAUCCUAAAGCAAGAAUGGCCAAAACAUUGGCCAACAUUCAUCAGUGACAUCGUUGGGGCCAGCAGGACAAGUGAAAGCCUUUGCCAGAACAACAUGGUCAUCUUAAAACUGCUCAGUGAAGAGGUUUUUGACUUUUCCAGUGGGCAGAUAACUCAAGUGAAAGCCAAACACUUAAAAGACAGCAUGUGCAAUGAAUUCUCUCAGAUAUUUCAGCUGUGUCAAUUUGUGAUGGAAAACUCGCAGAAUGCUCCUCUUGUUCACGCGACUCUGGAAACCUUGCUUAGAUUCCUCAACUGGAUUCCACUGGGCUACAUUUUUGAGACCAAGCUAAUCAGCACACUAAUAUACAAAUUUUUAAAUGUCCCCAUGUUCCGAAACGUCUCUCUGAAGUGCCUCACAGAAAUUGCCGGUGUCAGUGUAAGCCAGUAUGAGGAACAGUUUGUCACACUCUUUACCUUGACUAUGAUGCAGUUGAAACAGAUGCUUCCUUUGAACACCAAUAUUCGGCUUGCAUACUCCAAUGGAAAAGAUGAUGAGCAGAACUUCAUUCAGAAUCUCAGCUUGUUUCUCUGUACUUUUCUAAAAGAACAUGGACAACUUAUAGAAAAACGCUUAAAUUUGAGGGAGACGUUAAUGGAAGCUCUUCAUUACAUGCUGCUGGUGUCUGAAGUUGAAGAAACUGAAAUAUUUAAGAUUUGUCUGGAGUACUGGAAUCAUCUGGCUGCUGAACUAUAUAGAGAGAGCCCAUUUUCAACAUCUGCUUCCCCUUUACUUUCGGGGACUCAGCAUUUUGAUGUUCCUCCCAGGAGACAACUUUAUCUGCCUGUCUUAUCUAAGGUGCGAUUGUUGAUGGUCAGUCGCAUGGCAAAGCCAGAAGAAGUACUUGUUGUGGAAAAUGACCAGGGGGAAGUUGUCCGAGAAUUCAUGAAAGAUACAGAUUCUAUCAACUUGUACAAGAACAUGAGGGAAACGCUAGUUUACCUUACCCAUCUGGAUUAUGCAGAUACUGAACGAAUAAUGACGGAGAAACUUCACAAUCAAGUGAAUGGUACCGAAUGGUCAUGGAAAAAUCUAAACACUCUCUGUUGGGCUAUAGGCUCAAUCAGUGGAGCGAUGCACGAAGAAGACGAGAAGAGGUUUCUUGUAACAGUAAUAAAGGACCUUUUGGGACUUUGUGAGCAAAAGCGAGGCAAAGAUAACAAAGCAAUUAUCGCAUCCAAUAUCAUGUAUAUAGUAGGGCAGUAUCCAAGGUUUUUGAGAGCCCACUGGAAAUUUCUGAAGACUGUUGUCAACAAGCUAUUUGAAUUUAUGCAUGAAACCCAUGAUGGCGUCCAAGAUAUGGCUUGUGACACUUUCAUAAAAAUAGCGCAGAAAUGCCGCCGACACUUCGUUCAGGUCCAAGUGGGAGAGGUCAUGCCAUUCAUUGAUGAGAUCUUGAACAAUAUUAAUACAAUCAUUUGUGAUCUUCAACCACAGCAGGUGCAUACUUUCUACGAAGCAGUUGGAUACAUGAUUGGGGCACAAACUGACCAGACGGUACAGGAGCAUUUAAUAGAGAAAUACAUGUUGCUCCCUAAUCAAGUAUGGGACAGCAUAAUUCAACAGGCCACAAAAAAUGUUGAUAUCCUAAAGGAUUCUGAAACAGUUAAGCAGUUGGGCAGCAUCCUCAAAACGAAUGUGAGGGCGUGUAAAGCUGUUGGGCAUCCUUUUGUGAUUCAGCUGGGAAGAAUCUAUUUAGAUAUGCUGAAUGUGUAUAAGUGCCUAAGUGAAAACAUUUCUGCAGCUAUUCAAGCAAAUGGUGAAAUGGUUACAAAGCAACCACUGAUUAGAAGUAUGAGAACAGUAAAAAGGGAAACUUUAAAGCUAAUUUCUGGAUGGGUGAGCCGAUCCAAUGAUCCUCAGAUGGUAGCUGAAAAUUUUGUUCCACCUUUGCUGGAUGCUGUUCUUAUUGAUUACCAGAGGAAUGUUCCAGCUGCCCGGGAGCCUGAAGUGCUUAGUACAAUGGCUAUCAUAGUAAAUAAGCUGGGUGGACACAUUACUGCUGAAAUACCUCAGAUUUUUGAUGCUGUCUUUGAAUGCACGUUAAAUAUGAUCAAUAAGGACUUUGAAGAGUAUCCUGAACACAGAACAAACUUUUUCUUACUACUACAAGCAGUAAACUCUCAUUGCUUCCCAGCAUUCCUGGCCAUUCCACCUGCACAGUUCAAACUAGUACUGGAUUCUAUCAUUUGGGCUUUCAAGCACACGAUGAGAAAUGUUGCAGAUACAGGCCUUCAGAUCCUUUAUACUCUCUUACAAAACGUUGCACAAGAAGAAGCUGCUGCUCAGAGUUUUUAUCAGACUUAUUUCUGUGAUAUUCUUCAGCACAUUUUCUCUGUUGUAACAGACACGUCUCACACUGCUGGUUUGACAAUGCAUGCAUCCAUUCUUGCAUACAUGUUCAACUUGGUAGAAGAAGGAAAAAUAAGUACUCCUCUGAACCCUGGAAAUCCAAUGAACAACCAAAUGUUUAUUCAGGAGUAUGUUGCUAAUCUCCUUAAAUCUGCGUUUCCUCAUCUGCAAGAUGCACAGGUUAAACUGUUUGUAACAGGACUUUUCAGUUUAAAUCAGGAUAUUCCUGCUUUCAAGGAACACCUUAGGGACUUCCUGGUACAGAUAAAGGAAUUUGCUGGUGAAGACACAUCUGACUUAUUCUUGGAAGAAAGAGAAACAGCUCUUCGGCAGGCUCAGGAGGAGAAACACAAACUUCAGAUGUCUGUCCCUGGCAUCCUUAAUCCACAUGAAAUUCCUGAGGAAAUGUGUGAUUAAAAGUAACCAGUUAUACUGUUUUCUCUCUGUACAGCUGCUCUGUGGUAGAAGAAAACAGGACUUGGAUAUUUGUUGACCAAAAUGAUGCCAAUCUGUAAAUUUAAGAUGUCACCUAGUGGCCCUUUUUUCUUAUGUGUUUUUGUAUAAGAAAUUUUCUGUGAAAUAUCCUUCCAUUGUUUAAGCUUUUUGUUUUGGUCAUCUUUAUUUAGAUUUGCAUGAAGUUGAAAAUUAAGGCAUUUUAAAAAUAAAACACUUCAUGCCCAUUUUGUGGCUAAGGGUAAAAGAGGCAAAACAUAUAACUUGUAAAGUCUAUUGCAAAAUUAUACAUUUUUUUCCAGUUAGAACACAGAUCUUCUUUUUUUUUUAAAUUAGGGAUCACUUUCUCUCUAGCCUGCCCUGCAGUCUAGAAGAAAAGGGUAAUGAGUAAAUCCAUCAGAUUAAUUAAGGAGUGGAGGAAUGAGUGCUGUGUCAUCUAACAUGAGCAGCUUUUGGGCUGAGUGGCAAGGCUGGGCUACUGGUAUUUGCAAGUCAUAUGACAAGUUUGCAGCAAGAUCAUGUGCAUAUCAUCCCAUUGUAAAGCAACUUGGAAAAAAGAGUAUGGGAACAGAAGUACAGUUAGUUAUUUUUACACAGUUAUUUUGUUUUUGUGUGUGUGCUGUCGCUUUGUCGACAACAGCUUUUUGUUUUCCUCAAUGAGGAGUGUUGCUCAUUUGUGAGCCUUCAUUAACUCGAAGUGAAAUGGUUAAAAUAUUUAUCCUGUUAGAAUAGGCUGCAUCUUUUUAACAAAGCUCAUUAAAGAAGAACUCUGGCUUUUGAGACGACUUCUACUAAUUUACAUUGUUUACCAUGCUGUAGUGCUUUAAGAACACUACUUAAAAAGCAAAAUAAACUUGGUUUACAUUUA